AUGAAUAAGAUUGUAUAUACAUAAAAAUCGUGAUGAUACCACCCGACCUCUCGACCUAUUUCUUCACUUGCAGGCAACGGCCCAGUGAUGGCGAUUUAGGUGGAAAGGGGUUGUAAUCCUUUAUGUAUAUUGGGCUAGGUUUUCCUCGGGUCUCAGGGGGUAAUCCUUUGUAAUUAAAGUUUUUCCUCCUGAACAGCCAUUAGAAAGGGCAAGGUCGGCCAACGCCUGAAGGGCAAUAUGACCCUCAGGCCUUGAAGAUGGUAUUUGCCUCCCGAGAAACUGGGAGUUUCGACACAGGUGAUUGGCUAUUAGACUCCAGGAGCAUGGAAGUCAAGAUCUGUGCGCGAAAUCCCCUGCUUGCGGAAACAGGGAGGGUGUCUGUCGAGCCUCCUCAGGAGGGAUGAACUUAUAGGGGUGGAAAUCUCCGGCCCUGCUAGGCGAACGGCAUAAUCAUAAUCAUGAAUAAGAUUGUGAUUGCGUGUCUGUUAAUUGCAUUGGUGCACUCAGAAUCCUGCAAAGAUGACAAUGAUUGCACUACUUAUUCUAGCUGCAAAAACGGUACUUGCAAGCACAAAGACCUUUUUCCAAUCAAAGAUUUAGAAUGAGUUGGGUCUUUCUUAAUAGUUAUCGUUAGUGCACUAUCAAAUACGUCAGGGAUUGGUGGAGGAGCAUUAAACGUCCUAAUCUGUCUAGUCUUAUUUAACUUUGACACUACUUAUUCAGUUCCUCUGUCAACGGUCAUAGUUUUUGGUGGAAGUCUCGCAACUAUAAUAAUCCAAAUACCUUCAAGACAUCCAGCAAAAAAUCGACCUUUGAUUGACUAUAAUAUUGCCUUAUUUGUGAUAUCUCCUAUGCUUUUCGGAGCUACUGUUGGAGUUAUUUUAAAUAAAGUUUUCCCUUCGUGGCUUAUUCUUGCACUUCUUAUGUGUGUGCUGAUUUUUAUGUUAUAUAACUCUUUGAAAAAAUAUAAUAAGCUUAGAAUCCAAGAAAGUAACCAAAGGAAAAUUCUUCGAGAUAAAAGAUUAUUAUGGAUAAAUAAGAAUAUAAACAAAAUUAACUAUUAAGUGUCCUAUUGUAUAUUCUCCUUUAGAAAGUAUAUCAAAUGCAAACUCUGAAAUCGUCCCAAUCCCGAUCCAAAGCCAAGACAAAAAUGACCUAGAAAACGAAAACUGUCCAAAAAUCGACGAAAAAGACAACUAUGAGAUGCAGACUCCAAAUAUUAUUGAUUCAAGUCCUAUAAAAAACUAUGAAAGCAUAGAAAGAGAAUGAAAAUGCAGCAAUAACAAUGGCAAUGAACAAUCACAAAUUUCUAAUGCUAAUGAAAAAGAUUCAAGUGAAUAUUUCAUAGAAAAUGAAAAAGAGACAAAUCCAGAGCUAGAAAAUAUUUAUAAAUCAGAAAAAAGGAUUAUUUUAUUUUUGCAGUUUUUUUAUAUUCUUGUUAUUUUUGGGCUUGCUAUUUUAGGGUCAGUCAUGAAAGGAGGAAAAGGCUUGGACUCAAUACUAGGUUUUGAACAGUGUAGCGACUGGUAUUGGAUUUAUUUCGCUUUUUUUUUGGCUUUCCUAUUGCUUUUGUGCUUUUUAGCUGAAAUUUAUAUUGUUAGGAAAGUAAAAAGAAAAAUUGAGCUCGGGUAUGAUUUUGAUGAGCAUGAUGUUAAAUGGAAUUUGAAAAAUUCUACGAUAGUUUCGACUAUUACAAUACUUGCAGGAAUUUUGGCAAGCUUAUUAGGACUAGGAGGAGGAUUAGUAAUGAAUCCUAUUAUGUUGAAUAUAGGCUAUCGGCCGGAGGUGUCUACUUCAACUUCUUCAUUUUUAGUUCUACAGCGCAUCCACCAUAAUAGAUUGCUGGAUGCUUUAGUUUACAGAAAAGACUUAAUAUGGCCAAAGGCACUUUUCUUAUCUUACCAAAGUCUUAGUAGAUAUAUUAAAACCAAAAACAAUAGACUUACAUUUAAUUUUUAAAAAAUGACAAAAGUAAAUUCCAUUUGAGAAAUAAAAAAAGCGCCAAUAACAAUUUAUAAUUAUGGAGAUGGUAUGUUGACUUCUGCAAUUUCUAUGGUGCAAUAUGCUAUUGCUGGAUCAAUUAUUUAUAAUUAUGGGUUUUGAAUGUUUGGGUGCUCUGUUAUUGGGUCCUCAACAGGGACAUUUUUAAUAUUGAAAACAGUUAAAAAAUACAAAAGGGUGUCAAUUGUUGUGCUUAUUUUAGGAAUUAUGAUGCUUCUUAGCUUGAUAGGAGUGCCUUUAUAUGGGAUUAUUGAUAUGAUUGAUAAGUCAAACAAAGGAAAGUUACGCUAUGGAUUUGCUGAUCCUUGCGGUUAA